GAAGAUGAUGAAGGUAACAAUAAAGUUAACCGACUGGUUUUGUAUCUCUAUCUGUGCGUCGAAUUUCUUGUAAAUUCACUCAAACUCCUUAUUGUGUCUAUUUAUAAUUAUAAUAUAUAAUAUAAUAUAUACUCGUGACAAUUCAAUCAAUUUGAGAUGUAUUGAUUAUGGAUGGUGAUGAUAUCGAUUCUGGAGAAUCUCGACCUCUUCUGGCAAACAGUGAUCAUUUGAGCAAUAACCAGCCUGUGCAACAAGUAUUUACCUCUGUACCAUCUUUGAAUGACGCUGCUUCUCUUAUAGCUGAAACGACUUCGUAUAUAACUCAAUGUUUUCCCGAUUUUUCCGCAGAUGCUGGGUCUCUAGGCUCUGAUGGACUUGAACUUUCAACAGUUUCUUCUGGAAAUAUUAGAGGAUCUUUAGUUCGCAAUGAUGUUACCACAAGUGAAAGCCUUCCUGCAGUCUCUGUUUCAUCUGAUAUAGCCACUGAUGCGCCUCUCAUUCAUGAUGGAUUAAGUCGAAAUUUAGAUCAAGAGUCAUCUGAAAAUACUAGUUUGAUCGUUCAACCAGCUCCAAGUGGUAAUUCAAUGUUUCAAAGCCUUAUUGAUCGUGUACAAAGGACUGUUCGUGGAUCAGCAGAUGACAUAGGAUGGCUAAAACGUGCUCCAGAGAUGCCCCCUGUUGUACAUGGAACUGAAAGGUUUAUGAAAAUUCUUGAUGAAAUCAGGCAUGGUGUACACAGGCUGCCUACUUCAAUGAUUUACUUGCUUGUUCCAGGUCUUUUCAGCAACCAUGGACCACUUUACUUUGUCAGUACAAAAACAAGUUUUUCAAAAAUUGGCUUGACAUGUCAUAUCGCCAAGAUUCAUAGCGAGGCUUCAGUUGAAACGAAUGCCAGAGAGAUAAAAGACUAUAUCGAGGAACUCUAUUGGGGUUCAGGGAAACGAGUAGUACUUCUUGGGCAUAGCAAAGGUGGAGUAGAUGCUGCAGCUGCUUUAUCAAUGUAUUGGAGUGAUUUAAAAGAUAAGGUUGCUGGGUUAGUUUUAGCACAGAGCCCUUAUGGUGGUAGCCCAAUAGCUUCAGAUAUUCUGAGAGAAGGACAGCUUGGUGAUUAUGUAAAUAUGCGAAAAAUGAUGGAGCUCUUGAUUUGUAAUGUGAUCAAGGGUGACAUGCAAGCUCUGGAAGAUCUAACAUAUGACAAGAGAAAAAGUUUUCUGAGGAAACACCAUUUACCCAGGGAGGUCCCAGUGGUUUCCUUCCAUACUGAAGCCAGCAUUUCACCAGCAGUUUUGGCCACACUAUCACGUGUUGCUCAUGCAGAGCUACCAAUGCUUGCACCUUUAUCAGCAGGCCAAGCUGCAACACUCCCAGUCGUCAUGCCCCUUGGUGCUGUGAUGGCUGCAUGCGCCCAAAUUCUUCAGAUGAGAUACGGGGAGAAGAGCGAUGGGCUUGUUACUUGUCGUGAUGCAGAAGUUCCGGGAUCAGUUGUCGUGCGACCAAAGCGCAAGUUGGAUCACGCAUGGAUGGUUUAUUCAUCACUAAAUGAUGAUGUUGCAGAGGCAAAUGCUGCUCAAGUGUGUGAAGCUCUUCUGGCCUUGCUAGUGGAAGUUGGUGAGCAAAAAAGGAAAGAAUUCUCCAAAAAAGAUGAAUAAAGGGAAUUCGCUGUUUGUCAGGCAACAAGAAUGAGCUUCUCCAUAAUGCUUUUCCUAGUAAAGUUUGUCACUGAUAAAUCGAUAAAAGAAUACCACCUGCUGUAAGAUUAACCGCACUACUUAGCACCCUUUAUCCACUUGAUUAUAUAUUCCAGUUAAACCAA